UUGAUUGUUUUGUAAAACUGUUUGAUUGAGGAAAUACAAGAGGGAGUGAACAUAUUUAAACCAAAUAAACCUCUUUUCAUGAAGAGCUGCCAAUAUGGCUGACAACAGGGACAUGCGUUUUCCUGGAGGGCAGCCAGGAUUUAACAAUAUGAUAUCUGGUACACCCCAGUUUAUUCAGCCAGGUAUGCAGGGCUAUCCCAUGAUGCAACAACCAAUGGGUAUGACUCCAGGAAUGGCACAUCAAAUGUAUCCAAUGCAGCAAUAUCCCAUGGCCAGACCAAGAAUGGCUCCUCCAUCUUAUAACCAGCAUAUGGCAACUAAUUUUAACAGACCAAGAGGUGGAGCACCAGGCAGUGGACCAAGACCACGCCAGCCACCAUCGCAAAAAGACAUACAGUUUCAGAUGCAACAACAACGAUUAAAGCAGUUUGGACAGACGAAACAUGUGAAAGCUGAUGCAGAUAAAUUUAUAGAAUCCAUGUUUGGAAAAACAGAAAAACCAAAACCUAAAGAUUUAAGACAAAAACAGCCUCAGAUCGAUAUUCCUAAUCAAACUGGUGAACCAGAUGUGGAUGAUGAUGGUUUUGGUGAUUUUCUACAAGGACCAAUGACGGCAGCACCCACUCCUCCCCCAGCUCAAGUGGUGCCAGCCACUGUCAGUAAUAUAUCUCCAGCACAGCUCAGUACCAAUACUACAGAUUCUAGUCUAAAUAAUGUACCGGCAGUUACAAAAACAGCAAUGACCCCACCACAAAUACCUAAACAAGAAAAGAAAGAUUUAAUGACAAUGAUGAUGGAAUGUUCUGAUCUCAAGGCUCCACAGAAAGCCAAGUCGUUCCAAAAACCUCUAGUCAAAGAUGUCAAAGUUCAACCACAUAAAACCAUUACAUAUCAUCAAAGUCAACAAGCUAGACAAUGGCAAGUCUCCGCAGAACUUGAAGAUCUUUUUCAUGAAGACAUUCCACCUACACCAGCAUCCCCGCCAGCUCCAACUGAGCCCAAUGCUAUUGCCAUAACAGCCAGUCCUGUAUCGCCACCAACAACUAACAUAUCAACGAGUGGAGGUGUUUUACCAGAGUGGUGUCUGUUUGUAAGUGAAAAGUUACCUCCCCUGUAUAAUAUGGUAUAUGAGGCUGCACUAGUUGAUGGUAAGAUAGAUACCAAUAGACUCUAUCCUAUACUAGUAUUAAGUAAUCUACCAAGAGAAGUACUGGGAUAUAUUUGGUCAAUGUCUAAUACCACGACCCCAGGUCAACUGAUACAGUCAGAAUUAAAUGCUAUACUGGCACUUAUAGCUUUAGCUCAGAAUAAUCAUAGCAUCAUGUCCAUUGAUAUACUUAAAAGAUGUCCUCAACCACCCAUUCCAUUUCUGGGCCAAAAUAGUUCUGCUCCAUCAUCUGUAGCUCAACAACAACAACAACAACCUGGUACCCAAGCAACAGUCUCUGAUACCCCAGUUGUCAAUAGCAACCAACCUCAGGGAUUACCUAACACCCAACCAGUAAUGCCAAGUCCCAGUGGUAUUCAAGCUACCAUUCCUAGUCCGUCAACCAGUUUCCAAGUUGUGGCACCGGUUCCUCAACCAGUUAAUUCAGGCAUGAAACCUAAUUCUACUCAGUCUACUAUCUCUCAACCUCCGCGUUCUUUUCCGACUCUGUCUGAGCCUGCUAUUAUAACUCAUACAUCAGAAGAUGAUUUCGCUGACUUUCAAUCAGCAGAUAAACCUACAGAAGAUGAAUUUGGUGAUUUUAUGGGAACUAAUAACCCAGCCUGUAUAACAGUUGAAGAAAAACCUCCAUAUGUGAUCUCUGUACCAAAACCUGAUCCAAAGAUAAUUGAUCAAAUGACGCCAGAUGAAAAGUAUAAUUCUAAUGUACAAAGUUUUUUUGGAAGUAGCGGUUCUUCAGUAUCAACUAAUUUGCACCAUAUUCCAACACUAAAACGUUCACCGUUUAAAGGCCAUACAACUCCCAACAGUCUAGAUGAGGAGUAUUACACUGAUUGUCGUGACAGUACAAGUCAGUUGAGUACCUCUGAGCAAUCCGAGAGUGAGGAUAUUAAAAAUUUUGAAACGUAUGUCGAAGAAUUUAAUCGCAAGAAAGAAAUGCUUCAUCCAGAGAGUCCCUUACACAAUCCAUUUCCAAGGUUACCAGUUGUUCAGCAGACAUCCGCAGAUGUGGUUAUUCCCCCUUUGCCACCAGUUCGAUCUGGUUUACAACUCAGUUCUGAAGCCACAUCUUCAAGAGAAUUCACAGACUUUAAAUCAGCUCCCGUUAAAACAGCUGCACAAGAUUCAGAUCCAGAUUUUGCCGAUUUUCAAGCAGCGCCAAAGUCUUCAGGAUCAGAACCAAAUCUUUUAGGGGAAGAGGAUAAAUAUGGUGCUUUAAGAUCAUUAGUUAUUGAGGAGCCUGCUUCAACCAAUGAAGCAACAGCUACAAGUGAGCCUGUUACACCUUUUGCUCAGUUUGGUGAGGAAUGUGACCAGAAUGAAAGUGAGGGUGAGUGGGCAGAUUUUGCCAGUGCUGUUCCAGAAGAGGAUACAAACACAAAAACUUCAGACAAAAAUACAUUAAAUUUAAUUGCAGAUAAUGUUGAAAGUGACUGGGCUGAUUUUGGCGACACUAAAACUCCAACAGCUGGUGCAGUAAAUGAUGAACCUUCCUGGAAUCCCCCUGCUUCAAGUUUCCUUGGAGCACCUGCAAUAAAAUCCGACAUAACAGCCAAAUUAGUUCAAAAUGCGCCAGCGAACAGUCUAUUUCCGAGUGUUGCAAUAAAAACAGAAAAUACUGAUGAAGAUUGGAGUGAUUUCUCAGGAGCUGCAUCAAAUGAUCAGCGGACACCAAUCCCCAGUGAAAAUACAGAUGAUGAUUGGUUCAACACGCCUGUCUAUUCUGAUACUAGCUUAUCCAGUAACAGUGUAGUCACAGUCAAAAAGUCUCAUUUACAAUCUGAUGAAAUUAUGGGGAUGUUCAAGGUACGUGAUGAUCCAGGAACACAAGCUAGCUAUAAAUUACCCAACCUGGAACAGAAGGUCAACAAAUUUCGGCAACCUUCAUUGGAUGAUGACAAUGACAAUGACCCUCCACCUUUGGAUUACCUUGACGAUGAUGAAGAUCAUGGAUUCUCUCGUGGUUACGAUUUGGAUGAGUAUAAUAGCCCCUCCCCUAUUGGUGGCUAUGGUUAUGGAAAUGGUAACAAAGGUAUGUUUUUGAAUCAGGUUGCAAAAAAAGUUGCUGAGAAACGUCUGGAUGACAGGGACAGAAGUAGCCUCUCCCCAGAGACUGAAGAUGAUGCUAACAGCUAUUCUUCUAAAGAUACAGAUAGUUAUAACUGGAAAGACAGAUCCAAACAACUUCGGGAAGAUUCACAGUCUGUUUGUAGUCUUGAAUUACCAGCUAAAGGUAAUUCACUAAAAACUAACUCUGAUAAUGGUGGUAGCGAUAGCCAAUCUGUGUCCAGUAUGGAAUUUUGUAAUUUUGAAGGAUCUUCAAAAACGCCAGUCAGUGCUGAAUCCAAAUCUCUUGAUAGUCUUGAUUUUCCUCCCGAUGGCAAUGACAACGAAGGUGUUGAAGUAACAGAUGUAGAAAAUACAGGUAUUGUAAACAGCAGUAAUAGUACAAGUAAUAAUAUGUCUCAGACGACAUUACCUGGUGGUGUAAUAAAGACAUUAGUUGAUAAAUAUAAUAUUACAGAUGAAAUAGUGACUAGUGACCGGUAUAGUUAUGAAUGGGAGAGAUGUUUAGACAAUUGCUGGAGAAUGAUCAAAGAUUCUAACACUAUAUUUAAUUCUAUCAGUUCAUCCAGUGUAUGUAAUGAAGUUUUAAAAUCAUCCCAAGGAUCAUCCUAUAUAACUGGUAUUGUAGAGAUUUACAGGGUAGCUUGUAGAGUUAUGACUGCAAUGAAAGCACAUAAUCUGACAACACCCCCUCUAGAGAGAUUGUUAAAAGAUAUAGAUUUAGCCUGGAAUAAUUUAACAGCAUUCUUUGUUGGUGCUUCUGUUUUGCCGGACAUCAAAGCAUUUGAUUUUAAGUUUGGUGUAAUGAAAUCUGAUUCUGAAGAAGCUCAAUUCAAUGCAUGUGGAGUCUGCCUUUUAAAUGUUGAUGUAAAAAUAAAAGCAACUUGGUGUGAUGAAGAUGUGACCAAAUUAACGUAUGGAAGACGACAGUAUCAUGCCCCAUGUGCUAAUUUCUGGGUGAAUUGUGUGGAUUCUACUUUACCAGGUUUAAGAUUACCAGAAUUACUGUGAUAAUAACAAAAGUUCGUUCAAAUUACUUUACCUAAAUAUCAGUUCCAGAGUUUAUCAAAAUGGAGACCUAAGAGUUAUCUUUGCAGUGUCGUGACAGAGGAGCUAUUUUAAAAACAAAAUGGAGACCUAAGAGUUAUCUUUGCAGUGGUGUGAUAGGGGAGCUAUUUUAAAAACAAAAUGGAGACCUAAGAGUUAUCUUUGCAGUGUCGUGACAGAGAAGCUAUUUUAAAAACAAAAUGGAGACCUAAGAGUUCUCUUUGCAGCGUCGUGACAGAGGAGCUAUUUUAAAAACAAAAUAAACACUGGUAAACCUGAUUAUAAAAUAAUGGUCCUGUCACAUAUCAAUGCACUGUAUAUUUGUCAAGCCUUCCUUCAUCUUGGACUCCUACCUCGGCCAUUACUCAGAGUCAAGUUUCAACAAACAAGCUUUCUAUGGUAAAUAUAGCAGUGAAAUCCAAGUAUAGUCUGUAAAUAAGAACAGAGUUUCUUCUUUGAUUGGCAUUUAGUAAUUGAACAUAUCAACACAGGGUACAAUUUUAUGGAUGCACAAUUACUGAGUUUAAUACUAAGCGACGUUUCGACAAGGAUCUCUCGUCUUUGACAAGUAAAUAAUACAGGUAUGUGAAUACAGAAUAUGCAACAAUAUGUAUUUGUUUGUUAUUUUUGUUGCAUAUUCUGUAUAUAUUUGCCUACUAUUCACAUACCUGUAUCAUUUGCUUGAUAAAGGUGAGAUUAUCCUCGUCAAAACGUCGCUUAGUAUUAAACUCAGUAAUUGUGCAUCCAUAAAAUUGUACCCUGUUUUAAGAACAGUGUUAUUUGCCUUGGGACAUAUUGUAGUUCUUCAUAGAACUUUGUUUUAAGAAUAUUUCUCACAUUCCUUAUUCAAACUGUAUGUUUUAUGUGGAUUUUGAGUGAAUUUUCCACUGAACAGCAUUAUUCAAAAGAAAGGGGUGAUUCGGAGCAGGAGCACCCAGAAAAAGAAUUAAUUGAGGUGAUUGGGGGCACAUGUAUCUAGGAAAUGAGGAGGCUUGGGAUACAAAAAACCUAGGAAAAUGGAUAUUGGAGUCAGAGAAAUUUAGGAAACAGGAAUAUUAGGGCACAAGCACCUAGGAAAUGGGUCGAUUGGAACACAAGCUCCUACAAAAGGGGAAGACUGGGAGCAUGCCGGCAAUGACACCCAGGAAACUGAAUGACUGGGGCACAGGCAGCCAGGUAAAGAGGAUUGUAGUAUUAAAUGUUAAUAUAGACAUUUUACACACAAAAGGGGGAUAAUAUCAAUACAGAAUAAGUUACCAUAGUCAGUUUCCAUUUAGUAAAUUCAAUGUUUAUUGGAAUUGUGGUUUUGUGAAUGAAUCCCCCUAGUAAUAGAAUUUAUUUCCAUGGAUGUUACGAUGAACAAUUAGCUCCGCUGAAGUUAAAGAUGCCUUCCUAUGUAGAGACUGGGUGAGUUGAUGAUAUUGUUAGACUAAAAACAUAUUCAAACUAAUUUGAUUCAAAUCCCUCUCAAAACAUUGUAUUUGGGAGGAAAUACCCCAAGAUAUAAAAAAUUUAUUUAUAGAAGCCAUGUUUGUCAGGUAACUUGAUUGAGGGAGGGCCCAAAUUCAGAAUGUAUUUGUCGUUACUUACUGUCCACUUGCCAUACAUAUUGAAGCCUAAGUAAAUUCUUGGAUUAUCUUCUGACGACUUCUUUUUCCACUGUUUAAUUGUAAAGCCUGUUGUACAUGUACCUAUAAACCCCAUAAUGUUCCCAAUAACAACCGCUCCCUAUGUCAAGCUAGCAGACAAUAAAUUGUAAUACCCUGACAUUUUUGCCCAGUCUUGCCCCAUUGGUGUUUUUCAUACAAUCCAGCAUUUUUCUAGUAAGAUUGGGCGUCUCAACUUUUCAUAUAUACCAAAUUUGCCAUACUGUUUUUAUUGGAAAUAACCACCCGAUAAAUACUUUUGUGGGAGUAUAUCUUUAAUAGAUCACUUAGUGCAACUAGAAAACUUUGUAUUGAAUUUAAAAUAUGUGUAAGCUCACAAUAAAUACAACAGAAAAGAAGACUAAUCCUUUCAACUCAAAUGUUUGCAGAUGACUGAUCAUGGUGAUAAAAUUCACCUGUCACUAAGAUAAUAUAGUCUAAGUAGUUUUGACAUACAUGUAGUUUUUAAUUGAUUGUUAUGAAAGUUUAGGUCAACGGUCAAAGGAAUAUUAUCUUUAGAUAUGAAAAGUGUUUAUAUUUUGUGAUAUUCUAAGAUUUCCAUUAACUUUAAGUGUUUUAGUUGUAUAUUAUAAGAACAAAUGUAAAUAUAUAUAAAUGCACAUUGUACUGUUUUUGUUUUGUAUAUAUUACUUAUUUAUGUAUAUAUAUUGUAUGUGCUUAGCUUUAAAAUACUGUGGUGUAAAGUUUUCAAAUUUAAUAUAUAAACAAAAAAAUGUAUAUAUAAUUUAUUGAAAUACAAAUUAUUUUAUAUAAUCAUGUGUAUAUAUAUGUAUAUAUCUUAGGUCAAGGGCACAGCAAAUAUAUUUGUUCACUUAGUAGUGGAUUCUUCUCAGCAACCUGAUCACUACUGCUUCAUUCAUUUUCACAAUCUGAUUAAAAUACAGAUCUAUAUUUCGUUUCGUUUUUUUAUACUUUCGAUUUUCUACACUUCAUGAAAAUCUGUAGUGGAAGGUCGCAUCAGGGGUUGUACGAGCGGCUUUUGACCCUAUGACGUCAGACAUUGAUUAAUCGAUCAGCGUUGACGUUUCUAGUGGGUUACUCACAGUUCCCUGCAUCCCACACUAAGAAGUUCCCAUAACACAUCAUUUCAUUGGCUAAUCCCUCACUUCAACCCGAACACGGGUUAUAUAACAACUCUUCCAGAUCCUAGUGUUGUGAAGACAAGAAAAAUGAAAUUUUGAACUAUAAAAACGAAAUGAAAUAUGAUCUGCGUUUAAAUCAGAUUGUCAUUUUCACAGAGUAAAUAUCAUAUUUAUGAAUAAUAACUACAUGUAUACAAAAGUACCACAGAAAUUGUUGUCUGUGUAAACUUACAAAAUCAAUUUCAGAAGUGGAAUCAGGUACCUACUAAUAGCUUCAUGAAGAGCAUUCAAUUACAUAUUAAUAUUAAAAUGUAAGCUUAUAUGUUUUAUCACCAAAUAAUACAAUUCUAGUAAAUUAUUUAGAUUUUUCACUACUUUCAAGUAUUUUUCAAGGUGUGGAAAUAUCGGAGGUAUUUAUUUUUAAAUUCCUUGAUCAGUUCUUUUUGAUAAGUAUGCAUAUUGAUUGAUAUAAUUGAGGUAUAGCAGGGCCGGCCUUUAGGAGCUGUGGGCCCAAUUAGAAACAUUUUUGGUGUGUCCAAAGGUUGGCUAGCAAAAUCUGUUUUAGUGAAAUGAUUUAUUGAAAAUGAUCAGAAAUCGCUACUUAUGACUACUUAGGUUUAAAAUGUACUUGGGUAUGAGGCAGUUUACCCAAGCAUAGGCCCCUACAAACAAAGUCCUGUUGGAAGCAAUUGGUCUAUUUUGCUUAAGAUAACCACCUACUACAGUUCUAUGAAUAAAUAAGAGUACUGAAAAGUAAAUGAGAAUGCUCAGAAGAGUAAUUUAAUUCAAUUUUCUGGUGUUUGUCACAUAUUAAGAUGUUUUGUUCUGUAAUAUAUUGUAAAGAUAUGGUAAAUCUUUGUUUAAACCUUGUUAUUUUCAUCCUGUUGUAUUAUUGUCUGUAUUUUUUGUCAAAUAUUAAAAUAACUUUAAAUAGAA